CUUGGGGGCAAAUAAAUCAUUAGGUUACCAGGAAAGAUGAUGCUACCAUUAGGAAAGAGAGAGCUGAGAAGAAUGGAGCAGAACUGUAUCUGCCCUGAUCAACAGGAAGAGAGUGAUGCCUACUCAGAGUCUGUGAAGUUUGAUGCUCACUCAAUGACAGCCUUGCUGCCUCCCAAGCCCAAAAAUAGCCCUUCCCUUCAAGAGAAGCUGAAGUCAUUCCGAGUAGCACUGAUCACCCUGUAUCUUCUUGUGUUUGCAGUUCUCAUACCUGUUGUUGGCAUAGUGACAGCUCAAGUCCUGAAGUGGAACAUGAAGAAUUGCCUAACUGGUUCAAUUAAUGGAAGUUCUACCUCCUCAAGUCUGACGGACAAAGGAAAUGCCAGCGCAGAUGAGAUGAGCUCUGGAGAAGGUGUUAUGGAACGCAUGAGAAACAUGGAGAAGAGGAUCCAGUACAUUUCAGAAACAAAAGCCAAUCUCCUAGAUUCUGAACCCUUCCAGAAUUUUAGUUUGACAACUGACCAGCGAUUUAAUGAUGUUCUUCUUCAGCUCAACACCUUGGUUUCAUCAUUCCAGGAACACAGGAAUACAAUGGAUGACAUCUCUAAGUCCUUACUAAGUCUGAAUGCCACCUUGCUGGAUUUGCAGCUCAACAUAGAAACACUGAAUGGCAAAUUCAGAGAGUCUGCAGUUAAGCAACAUGAGGAGCUCAAUAAAUUGGAGGAACAUGUGCAAAAAGCAUCAGCAGAAAUUCAGUCUCUGAAAGAAGAACAAGGGCAUGUGGAACAGGAAAUUAAGAGAGAAGUGAAAGUCCUGAACAACAUCACCAAUGACCUCAGGCUGAAAGACUGGGAACACUCUCAGACACUGAGAAAUAUCACUUUAAUCCAAGGGCCUCCUGGACCUCCAGGUGAAAAAGGAGAUAGAGGUUUCACAGGAGAAAGUGGUCCACCUGGCAUUCCAGGUCAAACAGGUCCUCCAGGUGUUAAAGGUGAUCGGGGAGCGAUUGGCUUUCCUGGAGGCCGAGGAUACCCAGGGCCUGCAGGAAAGGCAGGAAGGUCAGGCUAUCCUGGACCAAAAGGUCAAAAAGGAGAAAAAGGAAGUGGAAGCAUGUUAAACAUGAUUUAAAUAUCAUAACAUAAUCAAUGGCUUCCUCUGUGUCAGGACCAGCAUAACUCCCUGAUCAUAUUAGGGCAGCGCCCUUUUAAGAUCAGGGGGGAUGGGCAGGACAUCUUGAGCUACCAUCUCUCUAACUGGCCUUUCACCUCUGGACAAGUCAUCAGCACAACUGACUUCAACGAUCCCUUUGCAACUCCUCCAUAUGACCUUGGCUCCUGUGUCAUGCCAUGCCUCGUUCGUGUAUCUACAUGUCUUCCUCUCCUGAUCCUGGGUGUUGUUUGAGCCUCCACUGCCAUGUUUAUACAGCUCUCCUCCACACUCCCUGUCUGUCCCUGAUGCCCUCAGCCUGGAUGACACUAUAUUAUGACUGGUGGUAUAUUGCACCUUCUCAACAGCCUCUGUCAUCUGUUCAAUCUGCCCAGUCUUAUUGAACUCAAUUUAAUACACUAGGUUAUUAGAAAAAUCUUAUGGAUACCAAGUUUAUAUGGGUUUUUUAAGCAUAAAAUAUUGUGAUCAAAAGGAAUAAGAGUGGCUUAGAAGAAAAUCUAUCCAUCCACUCGUUCAUUAACUCAUACAUCAGCAUGUGUUUAUUCCAUACCUCUGGGAACAGGCAAUAGAUAGAAAGUUAUAUAUUUUCACUGAACUUUCAGAGAUAAUUUCCCUUAAGAGUUGCAAAUAUCCAGGCAUUUACAACACUGCAGAUCUAUAUUGAGAAAAGAUCAGGGCUAUGUUUGUGUUGAGAGGAGAUAAAUAUUUUAAUACUUUCAAUAUUAAAAUAGAUUUAUUCUUAUUUGUUUAUUUCA